UAUUCCCGCGCUCGAGGUACCCAGCAAAGUCCUACCCAGGCCCCUCCUUCACUCCGCCCCCCUCCCUCUCUCGCCCUCCUCCUCACCACCAUCUUCACACAUCCUCUCACACCUCCUUUGCUCCCGCAUGCUCUCGUCUCUCCAUCUGCAUCUCAAGUAUAUGCUUGUUCUUCCUUUCCGCGUGUGUGGUGAACUCUCCUCUUGAGGUGAACUAGGCAAUUGGAAGCCUUUGGAUCGGUGUCUACGCCACCCGACAGCGUCGAGGAUGAGUCGAUACAACUAUUCUGACGAUGAAUCGGACCUCGAUGUCCGUAUCAGACAUCGUCAGGCCUCUCCUCGCGGCAACCCCCCCCUUGCUCACUACGUCGAGCCUCGCUCAUCUCGCCCUCGUUUCUACGAAACUGGCCCGCAGUUCGAGGACCGCUACCUAGUUCCGACCAACGAGCGCACCAUUGUGACAACUCGCCAGUCUGUGUCGCGCGAUCGCGAUCGCGCUACCCCUCCCCCGGCCGCUAGCGCCCCCGCGCCCCCUGCUCCCAUCAUCAUUAACAAUCGUAUAUACAACUCGGACUCUGACUCGGACUCGGACUCGGACUCUGAGAGGGCUCGCAGGCGCUCCCAUUCCCGUCGUCGUGCGCGGUCGCGUAAUUCAAGCUACUCGCAUGAGCGCGACCAGGAGAGUGAUCGGGAACGGGAACGGGAACGGGAGCGCGAGCGCGAGCGCGAGCGCGAUCGGUUGGCGCUAGAACACAUACACAAUGAUUACGAGAAGGAGUUUGAGAGUAGGCGUCGCGAGUACGAACUAGAGCGCACGCGAAAGGAACUCCAUGAGCUCAGGCUUGCUGCCCAGAUCGAACAAGAGGAAAAGCGCCGGAAUCGGACCAUUCAGGAGGAACGGGAUCUUCGCGAGGCCAAGAAGGAGUUGGAUGCAAUCAAGCAGGCUAAAGAGCGUGACGAGUACGAACAUCGGAUCAAGCAGAAGCUGGAGCUAGAGCGGCUGAAGCAAGAGGAAGCCGCCCUAGAGGAGAAGAAACGUCGCGAUAAGGAGGCCCGGGAAGCUGUCGAGAAGUACAAGAAAGAAGAGACCGAACGCAAAUUAAAAGAAGCACGACUGGCCGAGGAACGCGAAAAGGAGUACAAAGCUAAAAUGCAGGAGCAUCUUCUCAAGUCCGGCCUGAAUGAGAAAGAGAUUAAUGCGAUCCUAGCUGGCGAGAAGGUCCAGAAGGAAAAGGAGAAGAAAGAGAAGGAGAAUGAGGACCAGAAUCAGCUUGUGGAAUACCCGCGGCCCAUCUACACACGUAUGGCGAGACGACACCUCUCACUUGAAACUUUGAGGGCUUAUAACAUCGACUUCCAACUUGAUCCUGAUCCCGAGUACGUCUUGAUCAAAAGAUGGGUAGCUGAGCCGGAGCAGGACAUGCUCUGGAGGCACACCAAGAUGAUCCGCGAGAAGCGGUCCGGGAAGCUUAUCUUGACCAUUGAAGACAAGGAGCAUAGACGACACCAUCAUCACCUUGAACCCGAAUUCGAAUGGGUCCGCAAGAAGGAGCAUAAGCGAAGCCGAUCUCGGUCCCCUUCGCUGUUGAUGUAUCUAGCUGGAGCGAGGCCGGCGUAGCCGGCAAUUGUGUGGUGAUUUCUAGGGUGCGCGUACACGGCUGCUACGCAAAGAUACCUUUGCUUUUGUCCUGAUUAUUUCUUCCCUUUCCCUCCCUAAACCCCAAGCCCCCAACCCCUGACGCCUUUCCCUCAUGCUCUCGGACAAAUAAGGGGAAGCC